AUGGCAACAGCUAUGCCAGCUCUUGUUCUUCAAUCACAAAGGUACCCGCAGUUAAACCUCCAGGUUUAUAAUAGCAACGGCGCUCUUCUUGCCUCCCUGGCAAUCCCAACUGCCCAACAAGAUCGACAUAUCUCUCCGGAGAUGCUCUAUCGAUACUGUUCAUUCACAUUCGUCUUUCAUAACCCAAGCGAGCGGGAAUUUUAUAAGUUAGGAGCCAAUAACACACAAGGUACCACUGCACUCCAGCUUAACAGUGGGAUUUCGGUGGCGCCUGGUAACUACAUGGGUUUGGAUCUAAGGCACCAAUUAAUCGAGCUGACAACCAACUAUGCGCCCCGCCGUGUCAGAACUCAAGAUACCGGAACUCAAGACCCCGAUUCCCAAUCCCAGGGCCGGAGUGAAUGGAGUCGUCUGCAGUAUAUCACGGACCCUCUCCCCGAGACCGAGAUCGGGAAGUCACGUAUAUACUCUGCUCAGAAUGGACUCCUCCUCAGCGCAGAUAUCCACUCCCUAUUUGAUAGUAUCGAACUAGGGAUUGACCCAGAUGCUAACUACAAGAUCAUCGUAUUCGGACCGGUUCCUACAGGAAUUGGUGCUAACCGUCUCAGAGACUCUGCUCGGAGUGGAACCUGGCGUAUGAGCGCCGACCUGCUUCGUUGGCACCUGCGGAUGUGCCUGUACAAUAACCUGAAGGCCAAUUCCGAGCCGCAGACAGUAUGGGAGGAGGAUCUUGGAGAAGACCCGAUGGGCGAAAUUCUCAGCCAGCCAGAUGCGGCUGAGCGGAUGGUGAGCUUUUCACGCGCCUGGGAGAACUGA